GGUGUCACCCCCAGAGGGCGCCGGCCGCAGAGCCGCCCGUGGAGUCGCGAGGCCGGAAGGAGCGCGGCGCCGCCCAACUCGCCCCUGCCGCCGCCAUGAAGGCCGUGGUGCAGCGCGUCACCCGGGCCAGCGUCACAGUUGGAGGAGAGCAGAUAAGUGCUAUUGGACGGGGCCUCUGUGUGUUACUGGGUAUUUCUCUGGAAGAUACACAGAAGGAACUGGAGCACAUGGUCCGGAAGAUUUUAAACCUGCGAGUGUUUGAAGAUGAGAGUGGGAAACACUGGUCAAAGAGUGUGAUGGACAAACAAUAUGAGGUGUUGUGCAUCAGCCAGUUCACCCUUCAGUGCAUCCUGAAGGGGAACAAGCCCGACUUCCACUUGGCGAUGCCCACGGAGCAGGCAGAGAGCUUCUACAACAGCUUCCUGGAGCAGAUGCGCAAGACUUACAGGCCAGAGCUCAUCAAAGAUGGCAAGUUCGGUGCCUACAUGCAAGUCCACAUUGAGAACGAUGGGCCUGUGACCAUAGAACUGGAAUCCCCCGCUCCUGGUGCUGCUACCGCUGAACCCAAGCAGCUGUCAAAGCUUGAAAAACAACAGCAGAGGAAAGAAAAGACCAGAGCCAAAGGGCCUUCGGAAUCGAGCAAAGAACGAAAUGCUCCUCGUAAAGAAGACCGCAGCGCCAGCAGUGGGGCUGAGGGCGACGUGUCUUCUGAAAGGGAACCAUAGAUGGAGGGGGCCGGGACUCAGUGCAUUAUAAUUGGACAGAACUGGAUCCUGAAAAAUUCAUGAAAGAUGCUGAGCACCUGUAUUGCUUUAAGAAUUUGGAGCUGAAUCAUGAAAAGGAAAAGAGAAAUAAGAAAUUGGAAACCUGAAUAGCCCUGCAAAUAAGCACCAAAGGAAGUUGCCAUUUUUGUUCUGUUCUGGUUAAUAGAAUGGGAGCCGCCAGCGCAGGAGUGUGCCCUAUGCAUCUGGCAGCGGGGCAUCUACACAUGCCUCUGCCACAGGAAGGCUUUAUCAAUUCUCACAGUGUCUGGGUUUGCUUUUAGAACAAGAUGGUCCAAUACCAUUUGUCUUCAAGUCCUCCUUUCACACCACGGUGCAUGUCCAUGGUAGGCCCCAUAGCACUCACACUUUCCUUGUUCGUCCCAGCACCGGUCAAGCCAGGGUCUCUGUGAAGAUGUAAAGAGAACAAUCAUUAAUGACAAUGUAUUAUGUAAGACCUUUGCAUCUUGUAAAUUUUCUCUUUUCUAAAAAGAAAUAAUAAAACUCCAAUCCGCAACAAACCACUUUUAUAAAGAGUUAAAUUCCUAGGUAUAUUUCUGGUCACAAAAAUGAUGCCAUACACUCAAUAAAGACCUAAACUACUUCUAAUAUUAAAUGAUAAUUUGUAUUCUUUUAUUCUUUUUUUCAACAUGCUUAUUCCAGUUUAAAGCCAUAGGUGGCUGGAGCCUAUGUCUGCAGCUCAGGUAUAAGGUGGAAACUAAUUCUGGCUAUAGGGCAUCCUUUUUAUCACAAGAUUCACUCAUUCAGGUACAAUUGAGACGCAUGAUGAACCAAACAUGCACAUCAUUAGAUGCGGGAGGAAACUGGGGCGCCCAGAGAAGACCCAUGGAGACAUGGGGAGAAUGUGCAAGCUCCACAUAGAUAGUUGUCCCUGCAGGGAAUCAAUUUUUUUUCUUAUCAAAGUUACAACAAAACAAUGUUGAACAAAAUGUUGUUAGUCAAUGACCUAUUGUAUAUGAAUGUUUAUGUAAAUCGAGUUGUCCCCUCCUGAAAUACUUCUUGCCUAACUGUAAAAGUGAUACCAUAUUUGGCAUUUUUGUGAUGCUGAAACUCUAUAAUAGCUUCUAAGUCUGUCUAGUAUGACCCAGUCAUCCUCUUCAAAUAAAAUUAAAAAUGUGAAGAAAAUAAAAAGCUCAAGUCACAUCUGUAAUGUGCAUUGAACUA